AUGUAUACCGUGUUUCUCCUUGUCCUCGUAGGUGCUGCACUUGCUGCACCUGCACUCCACUCUACCCAUGUCCUGCACGAAAAGAGGGCAGCGGAACCCCGUGGCUGGACGUUGACCCGUCGCCUCGAGUCUGGCAAAAUCCUUCCCAUGCGUUUCGGUCUCGUGCAGCAGAACCUGCACAAAAUCGAGGACAUGCUCAUGUUGGCAUCUCUCCCCAGCUCUCCAAAAUACGGAAAGCACUUCACUCCCCAGGAAAUUGUCGACACUUUCGCCCCAAGUCGCGAGACCAUCUCCGCGGUCACCGAUUGGCUCGUCGAGGCAGGAUUGGCCCCUGAGCGGCUUCGUCUCUCGCAGAAUAAGGCUUGGAUUUACGUCAACGCGACCAUGUCGGAAGUCGAGAGCCUCCUGAAGGCGGAGUAUCACCUCUACAGUCAUUCGUCCGGAGCUGAGCAGAUAGGCUGCCACAACUACUCCGUACCCAUUCACGUACAGAAGCACAUUGAUCUGAUCAUGCCUACGGUCCAUUUCAACCAUCGUCCUGCUCCUAACAUCGACAAGCGCGCCGGUAGGCUUGGGCAACCUUCUCCCAGAAAUGGGCCGAAACACCUCGAUUUUGAUGCUGCUAUCGUCCCGUCGUUGGCGAACUGUAACAAGGUCAUCACGUUAGAUUGCCUAAGAGCGCUCUAUAACAUCAAUUACGCACCAGUUGCGACCGACAAAAAUACUUUUGGCAUAGUCGAAUUUACACCGCAGGCCUAUCUACCUGGAGAUUUGGACAUGUUCUUCAGCCUUGUCGGCGUGAGGCCGGAAACAGUCCUCAUCGACGGCGCGGUCGCCGUCGUCCAAGACACUGAGCGAGGUUUCGAUUUCAAUGGUGAAAGCGACCUUGAUUUGCAGUAUGCCAUGGGUCUGGUCAAUCCACAGCCCGUAACGCUUCUCCAAACGGGAGAGCUUUCACAAGGCGCAGGCUUUGAUAACUGGCUCGACGCCGUCGACGGGCCGUUCUGUACCUUCGAUGGAGGAGACGAUCCGACGCAGGAUGGAAUCUAUCCAGACGCUGCCGGCUCACCUCAAUCUUGCGGUAUAGUUCCUCCGCCCAACGUCGUGUCCAUCUCCUAUGGUCAGGACGAAGCAACCGCUUCUGUUAAAUACGCGACCAGGCAGUGUCAAGAAUACGCGAAGCUCGGAAUGAUGGGCACGACGGUCGUCUACAGUUCGGGCGACAACGACGUGGCCGGCUUCGACAAUAUAUGCUUGGACGCAGACCAUAACGAGACCGACAUUACGACUGGGGUGUUCAAUCCGGAAUUCCCGUCGAGCUGCCCCUUCGUCACCGCUGUCGGUGCUACUCAAGUCAACCCCGGCGCGACGGUAAGCGACCCUGAGUCAGCUUGCAUGCAGGUUAUAUUUUCAGGAGGAGGAUUCUCCAAUAUCUUCCUGAUGCCCUCGUACCAAGCCAACGCCGUAAAUGCCUACAUUGACGCCCAUCUUACUCCCUCUCCUUUCGCCCCCGGGCAGUUCAAUAACUCUGGAAAUGCGCGUGGAUUCCCCGAUGUCGCUGCUAAUGGAGCGAACUAUAUCGUCGCCGUCAAUGGGCAAUUCGGCCUGGUCUUCGGGACCUCCGCCUCCGCACCUGUCUUUGGAUCCAUCAUUACGCUCAUCAACGAUGCUCGAAUUGCCAUGGGUGAAGGUCCUGUCGGGUUCAUAAAUCCUAUCAUUUAUGACCCAGUCUUCGCCCCGGCCUUCAACGAUAUUACGACCGGAACCAAUCCUGGAUGCAAUACGACUGGGUUCUCUGCUACGAAGGGAUGGGACCCGGUUACAGGUGUUGGCACGCCCAACUUCGAGCGGUUGUUGAAUAUUUUUAAGGAUCUGCCUUAA